UCUGCUCUUCCCGACCCCCCUCUGCAGCCGAACAAGAAGCAAGCCCGAUAACAGCCCUCCCUUGAGAAAAACCGGUAGGAAACUCGAUUUUGGCCUUUCUUUCUUGUCCAAAAACCAGAUUUGAGCCUUGAAAUCUUCCCCUCUGCUGCAGAAAUCCCGGAUCUGCUAUGCUCUGCUCCUCACCGCCGGCUGCUCCUGCUUGUGGGGGGGCGAAUUGCUUGGGCUUUGGCUUCGGUCCCUGCUGGGAAAUCUGGUAUGUUGACAGCUCCAAGCCCGAAAUUUUAUUAGUUAAUUACUGCCCCAUAAGCUGUCCGAAUGUUUGCUAAAAUAGGGGAUAAUUCCGGUAGCUUUAGGACCAUGAUUUAGCUUAAUUGAAGUGAGAUUUAUGUGAUUGAGUCUUAAUUGAUUGCUGUGAUAAUUUUGGAGAAAAUCCUGUGAAUUAGCUAGUGUUUUGGCCAGUUUUUGGAGGUUGGAGUUACUGUUCACGUCGUGGGUACUGUUCACGGGGCACUGUUUACGACACUGUUCAUAAAUUACUGUUCACACACCGAGGGUCAACAAUUAACGGGGAUUUAAAUGAUUAGUUUGUGAUAUAAGAACGAAUUUGGAGAUAUUUGAUAAUGUGGAGAUUGAUAGGAAUAAUAUCGUGAUUAAGGGUAAUCCUAAUGAAGUUUUCAGUGUGAAUUUAUAGUAGUACGAUAAUUAAUUCUGAGGUGUUUUGAUUAGGUUUCCGAUUGUUUUGUCAAUUAGCAUUGAGAUCGAGUGUUCGGUUUUAUGCGAGUGAGUGACUCUGCUAGUGGGGAUUAUACGCUAGCACAUGUCGACAUGUUAGUGAUAGAGCCGGUUCGUUCAACCCUGCUAGUGGGGGUUAUACACCAACAAAUAGUGACCUUGCUAGUGGGGAUUAUACACUGGCCAUGAACUAUAGAGGAGACGUCCAUUUUGUUCUCGUACUGUAUCCGUCUUUCGUGAUUGCACUUGUUGGCAUGCUAUAAGUUUAGUAAGGGCACUCCAUAUUUACUUACUGAGAUAUUUUAUCUCAUAGUUUUUCCUUGUCCACCAUUUCAAGAAGUGAAAUUGAGGACGGGGAAACCACGAGAAGUGACGAGUUAGAAAGCUAGUCAUUUUGAGAUUGAUAUAGAUUUUAGAAAUAAACCAUGAUUUUGUAAACUCGACUUUAUUGGAGAUUUAUGAUAUUAUAGCAAAUUAUAAAUUUUGAUCUUCAGA